AUGCUCCUUGUCGGCGUUGUAGACGCUCUCGUCUUCCCAGACAUCAAGCCAUGUUGUAAAGCUGUGAAAAGUCAAUUGCAAAACGUUCAUGGUGCACUUAUGGUUUCAAUUGCUCUUGGUGAUUCAUAUUUAAAGCAACUGUGGCUCAAGGAAGUCAAGGAAGAAGUUUCUAACCUUCAACAACAAUUAUAUGAAAAGAUCAUGAAAGAAAGACAAGUGAGACCAGACAAGAAGGGCGAGAGGGUAGGGUUUGAGGCGGUUACGUUAGAUGGUCGCACUGCUCCACUUGCUUCUAUUAACAAUUCCAGUGUAGAGUCCAUUAGAUGGCCUACUGUGGGAAGAUACAGAGUCGAUGUAGCAUCAUUCGAAUCAUUAGCUUUGCCUGAGUUACAGGUUAAAGAAGAUACAUAUCUGUUUGUGAUGGAUGAAGUUGGAAAGAUGGAGCUCUUCAGUUCGUUGUUCUUCCCUGCAGUGUUACGUGUUCUUCAGUCAAAGAAGAUAAAUCUUUGGUGGUUGUUUCUUACACUGUGUGUUUCUUUGGAAUAUUGCAUGUUCCUUAAAGGAAACAAUUCGCUUGAAAAAACAAUCCUCUGUGCUCUAAUCACUAAAUUGUAA